GUUUAAAUGGAUGGCGCGAACGUGACAGCAGCGGAGAGAGAUCCCUGCCCCUUUCUCCCUAGCGGAACUUAAUGUGCCUCGAGUGCCUGUUUCCACACGGAGCGUCCUAAGGAGCGGACUGACGGAGACGUGGGCGGACCAGGCUUCCGCGAUAGGUAAAGUGGGCGCCUUCGUGCUAUGCUCAUACGGGGCGGGGGAUGGGAGGAGGUGGUCUUCCGCCCUAAACGCGGGCUUGUUGGUGCCUAGAAGGAAACAAAAGAGCGAGAUCGCAGCUGGAGAGCAAUGCUUCCUGUCCCUCCCGUAGAAACUUGCCCUGUCUCUUGAUCCCGGUUGACUUAUUUAUUUAGCGAAAUUGAUUUAAAGCUACUCCGUGGGGGAGAGAGGUGCAUUCUGUCCAUUCUCAGAGGCACUGCUCUCGUUCUUCCUGCCUUUUCUUCUAACACAUCCCGCCUCGCGUUCAAGAAUCUCAGUGCAGCGAACAUUGCUUUUGCCCCCUGGCCACUUCAUCCUCGGAUUGGGUUAAAUUGAGAAAGAGGUUGAGCGGCUCAAGGUCACCCGGCGGGCUGGCGAGGAAGAUGCAAGCCUGGGUAUCCCUGCUCCUAGUCUGGAACUCUAUAACCACUGUACUACACUGCCGCCGCCCGCCGGCACCGUCCGCCCCCUCCCCCGCGGUUCUGUAGCGUAUGGUAACACAUGAAAGUUGAUUGAUUGAUUGAUUGAUUGAAUUGUAAUGAAGAAGUGGGUGGAGGAGAGAAGAUUUUUUAAAAGCAGCACUUUGCAGCUGGAGCUUUAAGGUUGAUGCAAAGGUUGACAUUCUGAUGUUAAAAUUGCUAAAUUUGGUAAUGCUGAGAAACAGAAACAGGGUCAAUGCCCUCUUCUCCCAAAUAAUUUUUUCAAGACUUCGGGAUUCCCCAACUGAUCAUCUGUCUUUUGCCUCACACUGCUUUUCUAAUUGAUUUAAAAAGGCAUUCAGUAGUAACGUGGACUGGAAAGGUCUGCAUUGUUAUGUUUUUCUGUGGGGAAAACGUCCAUUUUUAGAAAUGCUAUUGUUUUGUAAAUUAACUCAUAACCUACAGUGCAGACCUAUGCAUUCCUGCUUGGCAGUAAGCCUCACUGAGUUCAAUGGGACUUCCUCCCAGGAAAGUAUAUAUAAUCUAGUAAGUGAUUACAGAUCAGAUUCAGCAGAUGAAAUGGAUACAUGCCAUCUAUACAUAUCUAUUCAGAAGGAAGUUCCACAGAGUUCAAUAGAACUUACUCCCAGGUAAAUGUGUAUAAAAUUGCAACUUUAAUCUAAAAUCAACACGAUCAAUUUGACUCGUCCUAGAAAGCAUGAAUAUUUCAGGCAUGCUAACACUAAUAAUUUUUUGUUGUUGUUUUUACCGCUUUUCUUAAAAGCUUUAGUAAUAUCAGGGAAGAGUGUGCUACUGAACUUACACAUUUUGCAAUACUGUAUUAUACAAGUUUUUCAAUAAAAUAAAUUUCCACAUAAGACUUUGAAUUUGUUUGAAUUUCACAUUUAAACAACACCAUGCACUUUAUUUGAAUCUCACAAAACGGAGAAAUUUCCCGGUUCCAAAUUUUCCUGAAAGCACACAUCACUGGUAUUUGUUAUUCAAACAGUUUCCCCUGGCCUUUUGGCAUGGUGCCCCAUAAAAUAUGUUAUAAUACUGCACUAGUAUAUGCUUCUAGUAUACAUAUGAAACACACUCAAUGGUUUGUUGUAGUUUUGCCUCUGGGCUGGUGAGCCGAGUGAGCUAUGAGUAAAGAUCAGAAUGGAAGAUAUUGGAGGCAGUACCUUCCUCGGUGUUGAUGAACCCACAAUGGUAGAACUCUGCCAAACUUCCUCCUGCAUUUAAACGGGCUCUAAAGACCAUUUUUAUUAUUCAAGGCUUUUAAUGAGUGACAUUCUACAGGCUUAUAUGUUAUGCUGAUGUGUGCGUUUACAUGUUUUCUUCUCAAUUGUGAAUUUAAAAAGAAACCAAAAUUUAAUUAUGUAAGCUACCGUGGGUUGUGGUUGUUUGUUUUUUUUUAAAAAAGAUCAAUGUAAAUGAGAAAAAGGAGUGGAGCAACACCCCCAUGAGGUUGCAGCAUUUGUGGGGGGUUUUAGCAAGAAAAGGCAAGUAAGAGAAGACAUGAGAGAGGUGUGUAAAACUAUGCACAGUGUGGAAAAAGGAUAUGGAGAAAUGUUUCUCCCCUUCAUAAUACUAGAAUUUAAGGGCAUCCAACAAAGCUUUUUUACACAGCACAUGGUUAAAGUGUAGGGGUUGUUGCCACCAGAAGUAGUGAGGACCACUAAUUUGGAUUGCUUUGAAAGAUGAUUAGAUAAAUUAAUGGAAGAUAGGGCUAUCAAUGGCUUCUGGCCAUGAGGGCUAUCUUCUCUCUCCAUAUGCCUGGAUUAAGUCUCUGAAUCACAAGUGGAGGGAGGGCUGUUGCACUCAGUUCCUGUGUCCUGGCUUCCCAGACACAUCUGGUUAGCCAUUGUGAGAACAGGAUGCUGGAGUAGAUGGCCUUCGGCCUGAUACAGGUGGUUCUUAUGUUUUCCCCUUGCAGACAUGGAUCCUGAGGAUGCUGAAGAAUUGGCAGCUGAGUUGCACGGAAAGCCUGUGGAUGUCUGGGACCUCUUGCAAAUUGCAGCAGGCACUGGCUUGACUGCCUAUGUUGUGUGGGCUGGAAUUCUCAUGCCAGGAUUCCGCAAAGUGCCUUUAAAAUUACAGGUACAUAUCAGAUGAUUUGCUGUGACAUUUGAGGGGAAAGCAGCACAGUUAACUGGCACAUGAUUAUUGUGUUGGGAGGGAACUUCUGCAGGCAGGACUCUCCCUUAUGAGACAGAGAGUGGUCUUUGGAAAUUUUAAAAAAGCACAAACACACUGAAAAUGACUCAUGAAUUUGAUUCUGAUGGCCAGAUAUUUGAAAUGCUUAAUCACAAUCUGUAUCAGGGUGCCUUCCAGAUGCUAUACCCUGAUGUGAUGCUCUUCAGUUGCCAUCAGCCCCAACCACCAUGGCUGAUGGGAGUUGUAGUCCACCAACAUCUGGAGAGUAUCAUGUUGGCUUUCUUAUUUUAAGGCAGCAAUGGGGAACCUGUGGCCUUCCAGAUGAUGUUGGACUCCCAGCAACCACUGCCAGUAUUAGCAGUGGUCACAGAUGAGAAUUGUAAUCCAAUGACAACUGAAGGGUUGCAAGUUCCCCAAUCCUUUGUUUGCAGAUAAUUGAUUUGGCUUAACAGAAGAUAGUCACGUCAAGUCAGCUGCUCCCUCUUCCAAGGUCUGGUUCACCCAUGAGCCCCCCGCGGUGCUAGCAAGGCUGUGCUGCCAUCAGCCCCAGCGUCAUAUGAGGCUGAUGAGAGUUUUAGUCUAACACAUCCAGAAAACACCAGGUUCGCAAAGACCAGGGCAUUUUUUCAGCUGGAAUUAAUCGGAACUCAGUUCUGACACCUCUCAGGUGGGCACCAUUGUCAUUAUAAGAGAACAAAGAGGGUGUUUAUUGUGAGUUCCAGCACCACUUUUUCUAGAAAAAUAGCACUGACAAAGACUGUGUUAGAGUCUUUAGGAUUCCAUGUAUAUUCCCUAGCCCUGGAACUCUGUGGCCCUUUCCAACUCAGAGCUUGCCUCUCUUUCUUCUCCUCAUCCAGGUGCCGUAUGUCCCAGCAAAUGCCAAUCAAGUGGAGAAUGUGAUGUCGCUACUGAAAGGACGCUCUGGGAAGAUGGUGGAUUUAGGGUCAGGCGAUGGCAGAAUUGUAAGAGCAGCGAGCUUGUUUCUUGAUGGUGGCAUAUUCCAUGAAACUGGGUGGCCCACUUGAAAGAACUACAAUAUAUAAUAAUUUGGAUCCGAAGGGAAGAGUAGAACAGAACUAGGGAACCUUUAGCCUCCAGCUAUUAGUGAUUUAAGUAAUAAAUCACUGGAUCCCUUCCAGUCGGGAUUCAGGCCUCAUCAUGGGACUGAAACUGCCUUGGUCGCACUGGUUGAUGAUCUCCGGUGGGCUAGGGACAAAGGUGAGAGCUGUUUCCUAGUUCUGCUGGAUCUCUCAGCGGCGUUUGAUACCAUCGACCAUAACCUUCUGGACCGUCUUGAGGGGCUGGGAGCUGGGGGCACUGUCAUACAGCGGUUCCGCUCCUUCCUCCUGGGCCGUGUUCAGAAAGUAGUGGUGGGGGAUGAGUGUUCAGACCCCUGGGCUCUCACUUGUGGGGUGCCUCAGAGUUCUGUCCUCUCCCCCAUGCUUUUCAACAUCUACAUGCAGCCGCUGGGAGAGAUCAUCAGGGGGGUUUGGGCUGGGCGUUCAUCAGUAUGCGGAUGAUACCCAGCUCUACCUCUCUUUUAAAUCAAAACCAGUGAAGGUGGUGAAGGUCCUGUGUGAGUGUCUGGAGGCGGUUGGAGGAUGGAUGGCGGCUAACAGAUUGAGGUUGUAUCCUGACAAGACAGAAGUACUGUUUCUGGGGGACAGGAGGCGGGCAGGUAUGGAGGAUUCCCUGGUCCUGAAUGGGGUAACUGUGCCCCUGAAGGACCAGGUGCACAGCCUGGGAGUCAUUUUGGACUCACAGCUGUCCAUGGAGGCACAGGUCAAAUCUGGGUCCAGGGCAGCUGUUCACCAGCUCCAUCUGGUACGUAGGCUGAGACCCUAUCUGCCUGCGGACUGCCUCGCCAGAGUGGUGCAUGCUCUGGUUAUCUCCCGCUUGGACUACUGCAGUGCGCUCUAUGUGGGGCUACCUUUGAAGGUGACCCGGAAACUACAACUAAUCCAGAAUGCGGCAGCUAGACUGGUGACUGGGAGCGGCCGCCGAGACCAUAUAACACAGGUCUUGAAAGACCUACAUUGGCUCCCAGUAUGUUUCUGAGCACAAUUCAAAGUGUUGGUGCUGACCUUUAAAGCCAUAAAUGGCCUCGGUCCAGUAUAUCUGAAGGAGCGUCUCCACCCCCAUCGUUCUACCCGGACACUGAGGUCCAGCGCCGAGGGCCUUCUGGCGGUUCCCUCACUGCAAGAAGCCAAGUUACAGGGAACCAGGCAGAGGGCCUUCUCGGUAGUGGCACCCUCCCUGUGGAAUGCCCUCCCACCAGAUGUCAAAGAGAACAACAACUACCAGACUUUUAGAAGAUAUCUGAAGGCAGCCCUGUUUAGAGAAGCUUUUAAUGUUUGAUGUAUUACAGUAUUUUAAUAUUUUUUUUGGAAGCCGCCCAGAGUGGCUGGGGAAGCCCAGCCAGAUGGGCGGGGUAUAAAUAAAUUAUUAUUAUUAUUAUUAUUAUUAUUAUUAUUAUUUAAACUUCACAGAUGGUGUUAGCUUCUGAGGAAAUGCUUGAUCAAGGCUAGAGUCCCAAAACUAAUAAUCUUAGAAUCUUAUUUGCAAAUGCAUCACUAGAUGCAUCUGGGCUAGAUCAGGUGUGGGAACCUUUGGCUCUCCAGAUGUUACUGAACUACACCCCCCACCAGCCUUAGCAAGCAUGACCAAUGGCAAGGGAUGCUGGGAGUUGUAGUUUGAAGGUUCCCUGCACUUGGGUCAGAUGGAUAAAUAGCCUGACCUGGGGCAAGGCAGCUGUCCUGUAUUUCUAAGGAUCACAAAUGCAGUCAAUAAAAUAAGUGCCUUGGCUGUGCUUCCAGGUGCUAGAGGCUUACAAGCAAGGCUUCAGACCCGCUGUUGGCUAUGAGCUCAAUCCAUGGCUGUUACGACUUUCAAGCUAUCGUGCCUGGAAGGCUGGCUGCUAUGGAAAAGUUUCUUACUGUCGGGACGAUCUUUGGAAGGUGAGACAAGAGGCUCCAUGAAACUGCGCAGAUAAUCUGGGGGUAGUGAGAGGUUACACGACACAUUGGCUGCCGGUGUUUGUCAGCCUCUUCAUGAGCCAGGCUGCAAAGUCCGGCUGGCAGGUAGUUUUUAGGCCAAGAUAGGAAUAUUUUUAAUUGUAGGUAUUAGGCUGGGUGCUAGGGAUUGAUGCUGGGCUUCAGAAAUUGGAUCAGGUUAACCAGUAGUCUUGGUUCUCUCUCUUAAAGGUGGAUCUGUCAGACUGUAAGAAUGUCACUGUGUUCUUGGCACCUAGCGUGGUAAGCAUAUUUAUUUACUAUUACUAUUCAUAUAUAAAGCCCAUAGCAGCUUGGGACCAGAUUGCUUGCAGAAUCAUCUUACACCGUAUAUGCCAACUCGAUGUUGACCUGCGGAGCUGGCAUUGUUACAAGGAAUUUUGGAACUCCCUGCAUGUUGACAUCAGGCAGGUGCCUUCACUGUACUCUUUUUGGCUCCUGCAUAAAACAUUUUUGUUUAGGCAAGCUUAUCCAGCGGUGCAGAAUGUUGACAUGUGUUUUAAUCUCUUUUUAAAGUUCUGUUGAUUUUAAUUCCCCUUUGAAUGUUUUUAAACACCUGUUUAAAACUAUAUUUUCUUGAUAAUUGUAUGGAAACCUCUAACUGGUUUUCUUUAAAAAAAUAAAAAUACAAUUAAGUGCAGUGCAGUGGUGUGUGGGUGUGGGUGUGUAGAGUUGUUUUUUAAUGAAGUGGUGUAAAAAUGCUAAGUGUGUUGCAUAAAAACAGCAAAAACAAAAGAAUAAAAUUCAGAGACAUGCAAAUCUCAAAGGAUACUUGCGUUUUGGUUCAUAUAUUGUUUUGGGAAGUGCAAAGUACGUAGAAUCACCUUUAAAUGAAAACUUAAUCAUCCCUCCUCCCUCCAUCUUUACCUUCACCACAGUUGAAGAGAAAUGGACAGGGGGACUUUAGAACAGCUCUAGACCAUUUUCUUUUGGAUUAAUUUAUUUUUAUUUUAAGCUCAUUCAGGAACGUAAGAAUGGCCUUCUGGAUCAGGCCUGUAGCCCAUCUAGUCCAGCAUCCUGGUCUCACAAGGGCCAACCAGAGGCCUGUGAGAAGCCAGGGAGCAGAACAUGACUGCCUGUCUUAGAAAGACCCUGACACUUUGCUAAGCUAAAAUUCCCAAAUAAUUCUCAGAUUGGAAGAGGGAAACAUUGCACAAAACAAGGAAAUUCCGAAUCAAGGUGGGAUGGUGGUGCUUGCCCAUCUUUAAUGCAGGGAGUGCCCUUUUUCAAGAGCAAUGUCCCAUGUUCCAUGCAAGGGAAUACAGGCAUGUUUAUUUUAAAAAAAUAAAAUAAAAUGGAGUGAUUCCACUUAAAAGUGUUGACUCCUUUCUGAACUCUGGCAAUCUGAGGAUAGAAGAGAACCAGUGGCUGAUAUUUAUUCCAGACUUUAAAAAAUAAGGAACUAACGCCCUGAAUAACCCAGGCAUUUUCCUUCCCUUUUCUCAGUUGCAGCUUCUGGAAAGGAAGCUGCUUGUAGAACUUCCGGAUGAGGCCCGUGUGGUGGCUGGACGCUUCCCCCUCCCCAACUGGACACCCACCAGCAUGGCUGGGGAAGGUUUGAACCGAGCCUGGGCCUACGAUAUCAAGACUGUACGGCAAUCCAAGCAGGACAGACCAGAGGGAAGCCCGGUAUAAGAACGUGUCCUCUAGGAAACAAGCAGGCACUUUUGCAAGACAGACAAGGGCUGUUUCCAGUGGCUCAGAGAGUGAAAUCUGCUUCUUUCCAAUUGCUGGCCUUGACAGCCCUUUAUAAGCACUGGGGGGUGGGAGGGAGGGAGGGAAGGAACAAUGAGAUGAUUUGUCAAGGGAAAUCACAUGGUUUCCGUAACUCCUCUCCUGAAUCCUACUAAUUCUGGAAACUCAUUAGAACCUUUGCCGCAGGAUGGGACAGGUUUGUCUCUUCAUUGUGGAGUAGUCUGUAUAUUUAUUUAUUUUUUUGUAAUGAACUUUCACAGCACUUAUUUUUUUACGCAUCUCAGUGUGUGGUCCAGUGGGCUGCUAAGAUCUCAUUGGGGUAGCAAACCCAUGCCAUGCCUCAGCUUGGAGUUUUGGUUGUGAAAUAAAGAGAACUGUGAUCCUCAGGAUGCUGAGGAUUAAUGUAUCAGAUAGUAAUUUAUUUUACUAACAUGGUACAACUUCAGAU